AUGGCCACAGUGGCAUGGUAUCACAGGGACAUCAGCCGGGUGCAUGCAGAGGACUUACUGGCCAGGGCUGGAAGGGAUGGCAGCUACCUUGUGAGAGAUAGUGAGUCUGUAUCUGGAGCGUAUGCCCUGUGUCUCCUGUUCCAGCGGCAUGUUCACACAUAUCGCAUUCUUCCAGAUGCAGAUGGCCACCUGGCAGUGCAGACAACACAGGGAGUGCAGGUGAACUGCUUUCGGACUUUGACAGAUCUUGUGUUGGGAUAUCAGUAUCCACACAAAGGCCUAGUUUCUCCACUCUUGUACCCGGUCCUUCGGAACGAAGACUCUGGGGAUGAGAGUUCUGAUGAAGAGAGACCUCCUCAGGUGAUGCUUCCAGUGGCUGCAGUGGCAAAACCGCCACAAGUAAAUCCUGGUCCUCCCGCAUUAUUUGUGGAAAAAUUACUGGAGUUGCAAACAUCUAGUACUGCAAGUGGCAUGAUCUCUUUGCUUCAUGACUACCUCUAUAGUGAGCUUUCCUUUGACAUUGAGAAUGUAAACAAAGGAUUCACAAGUCUUAUUCACCUCAGACGUACUCUGGGAACAGCGUGCCAGGGCCUGAACAAUGAAAUUGACCUUACCCUCUCCAGUUUGGAAACCUUGGUCAAAGUCUUUGACAAUGGCAACUGUUCUUUGACACACAAGAGUCAGGGUCCAGACAUGGAGAUAGAAAGUCUAAUGUUCAAGAUUUCAGCCUUAGUUAGCCUUCUGUCAUCUCUAGAGAAAAAGGUGUUAAAAGCGCUGCAAGAGGCAGUGACAAAUCACAAUUUAGCAGUGCAGACGAAACCAACCCCUGAAUCAACAACCAUCAAUACGGCAUGUACAUCACCUGUCAAGAAUCCUGCGAAACACAUGUCCAUCCACUCCUUCUCGGUGAAGAUUGUACGCUAUGGUCGGCAGAUUGUUUCUGUUGAUGUGGACUCAGGGGUACUUCUGUUUGACAGGAAAUCUGACUCAUUUAGUGUCGAAAAGGUUUCUCACGAUAGAAUUCUUCACAUUGUCAAAUUUCAAAGCAGUUCAACCAAGGUACAGAUUGUAGUUGACAAACUGCACAACACGCCAAGAGAGAUGAUCUUUGAAAGUCCUAGGAAACGCAAUGCAUUCUGUCAUCUCCUCCAGCUGAUGAAGAUACGGCACUCUGGGAUGGUUGAAACUGACCUGAUCUCUGUAUUUAUUGGCACAUGGAAUAUGGGUGGAUCCCCUUCGCCAGUAAGCCUGCAGUCAUGGUUUACUUGUUGUGGCAUGGGUCACACACCUGAUGAGUCCAUUGGCCUUCUCCCCCAUGACAUAUAUGCUGUGGGAACUCAAGAAAAUCCACAGGGCGAAAGAGAAUGGGUGGAAAACUGCAAAGCCACUCUUCGCAGCUUCACUCACAUUGACUUUAAGCUGGUGGCAGUGCAGUCCCUUUGGAAUAUGAGACUGGCUGUGUUUGUGAAACCCGAACUUCAGAGUCGCAUCAGUCGCGUGGGUACUGCCAGCGUCAAAACCGGACUAGGCAAUACUUUGGGAAAUAAAGGAGCUGUCGGGGUGUCUUUUUAUUUUAAUGGGACAUCUUUUGGUUUUGUUAACUGCCACAUGAAUUCUGGAAGUGAUAAAGUUCAUAGAAGAAACCAGAAUUUUUUGGAUAUCCUGAGACUGCUUUCCCUUGGGGACAAGAUUGGUCCGUUUGACAUCAGCCUUCGAUUUACUCACUUAUUCUGGUGUGGAGACCUAAACUACAGGUUGGACUUGGAUGUGCAGGAUAUUCUAAAACAUGUUUCCAAGAGAGAAUUUGCAGAGCUCAUGUGCGCUGACCAGCUGACCAGAGAAAGACACAAGAGAAAGUGUUUCCUACAUUUUAAGGAAGAAACAAUUCUUUUUCCACCAACAUAUCGUUAUGAAAGAGGCUCCAGAAACUGUUAUCUGUGGCAAAAAUACAAGACUUCUGGGGUGCGCGUAAAUGUGCCUUCUUGGUGUGACAGGAUUUUAUGGAAGUCUUAUCCAAAAACGCACAUCAUUUGCACGGCAUAUGGUUGCACUGACGACAUCUUUACAAGUGACCACUCUCCUGUUUUUGCCACUUUCCAAGUUGGCGUGACGCCACAUUUUGUCCCCAGAACAGAUAAAAGGACAAGUAUGGAGAAAGCGUGGAUUGAACUUGAAGUUGUUGAAGUCAUUGUAAAAACAUCUAGCAAAGCAAAAUUCUUUAUUGAAUAUUAUUCACCCUGUCUUCAAGAGAUGUGUCGUUCCCAGGAAAAUGAUUCUCAGAGCUGUGAUGUCUCUGGGUUUCUGAAGCUUGGCUGGUCUUUCAAGCAGUUGCCAAAGCUCUUUCCUAUUUUCUCUGACUUGGAGUAUCUUCAAGAUCAACACCUUCUGCUUUCUGUGAAGUCCUGUGAUGGCUUUGAAUCAUAUGGUGAAUGCUGUGUGGCUCUGUGCUCACUAAUCGGAGCCUCAGAGCAGUUUGAGACAUUCCUGAGCCACCGUGGGGAAGAGAUGGGCUCCAUACGAGGACGGGUCAGAGUUCAUGUCCCGAAAGACAGAAGACAAACCAGAGCUAAAGUCUAUGAAUUCUGCUUGGAUAAUGAUGGAAAACCCUCAGUCAGAGGACAUCCUUCUCCUACUCAAACCCGGAUUCCGAUGAACAGUAGCUACACCAAUCCUGCAUACUUCAUCUUUGAAAGGGUCUCAGUGACACCUCGACAGCCGUCUUCACCUCAGCGCAGAGACAAUCCUGUGAUCUGGUCUGGAAAUGAGGCGCUGCUGCUUCCCAAGGUCUCAGGACGUCCAGACUUUGACCGAAGGCCCAGCCGUAGAGCUGACUUUACAGAGAUUGAAAUUCCAGCCUUGUUGCCACAAUAUGCACAGGCAGAUGACCUUCACACACCCCAAACAGUCUCUUCUUAUCAGCUUUUCCCAGCCAAAAAACCCCUCUCUAUUUCCCCUCCCUCAAGUAUUUCAAAAUAUCAGGAACAGACCGCACCAACCAAAGAGAAAGACAUUCAGAUCGCUGUCCAGGACUCUGUUCUUCCGGAGAAGAAUCUCAAAAACCUAUAUAUGAACCACUUGGUGAUCAUUAAAGACAAAGGUGUUAAUCGACCAGAGCGACCCAGUCUUGUUCGUUCAGUCAGGCCUCCUGCACCGUGUCCUUACGCUCCAGCCAAAGUGGUGCGUUCUCAAGCUUCAGUGCCCUGGCUGGUGGAGCAUCAGACGCCUGGACUCACAGGGGACAAUUCUUUGACUGCUUUACAGAUAGCCAAGUCUCUCUCAGAGGUUGAUUUCUUUCCUACAAAACAAAAAAGUCCUUCCACACAACCAAGGCCAAAAUAUAAAAAUGGUCCUGAAGUGACAGUAGACAGAAAAUAUAGCUGGGUUAAAGAGGUCUCUGUUGGACAUGCUGUGCCUGAAACUGUCGAGGAACUUCUGUCUACUAUGGGUCUUCAAAAAUACCACUAUGGCCUUUGUCUCUGUGGGUGGAAUGACUUGGAUUACUUCUGUGGUAUCACAGAGGCAGAUCUCCGAGCCGCUGGAGUUCUGAAUCCUGCUCAUCGCCGCAAGAUCCUUGAAAACCUUCCCAAAAACUGGAACUGA